CCCGACGGAUGAGUUUAGAUAAUAACGCCUUUUUCUUCCCAUCCGCUAUCUUGACGUUCUCCUUUGGGAACGAACGUCCCACGCGCUUCAAGAGUUACAGGCGUAGGCGACGCACAGAUGCGUUCUUCCGUAUGCGUACAUCCUCUUCAUCUCUCUGCCCACAUAUCACGGCCACGCCGUUAGACGUGCCUGUCGUACUAGGCUCGGAAUGCAGGGCCUUGGGGCCGCGGCAGCCUAUGGAAGGCCUCAUCUCAUCAUUACGAGCCUCGAUGCGAGGCUCAACCGUGUCUCCCCCUUAUGGACCAUACUGAUGUUGAUAUAGCAUCCAUCGCGAAGCUCCCGCGUCUGCCCAAGCGGCAGCAUCGCCCCCCGAGAUCCAACCCGCGUACUCCGUACUGUGUGUCUCUCAUCGGCCCGUCUGCAACUUCAUCUCGCGACCACGUCUUCGCAGGGGUUGUGUUGUCCAAGGGACGAGCUUUUGUCUCCGUGGAUAGAGCGAGCGCUCGCGUUUCCCGGUCGCUAUUCGGAGAGGCCACCCUUCCAGGAGGGUUGGACAGGAUCUCUUUCAGGAAACCAAUGGCGAGACAAGACGGAUCAACGAACCCCUUAAUGCUCGAUAUUUGGACGUCCUCGUCCACGUCACUCCUUGGAGUGCGUACCAGUCACCAAACAAGCAAAGUCCGAGGGAUGUCCGUUGUUUCUGUAGACAGGAAUAGAGUCGUCGGUGUAGAGGUUCACUCUCUGGAUCACCCAAUAACAGGAUCAGACAGGACUCUCUCUCCUCUCUCAUCCGACAUCGUCGUUGCUGCACUGACGGUGGAGGCAUCACAUCCGGUCGUGGUUCCCACCCACCACCCACCACUUGCGCAUCUCAUCUGCAAACCAGGCAGGAACAGAAGCGGGAAUCUCGGCCGUUCCGUCUCGUCAGGUUUGGAGAUGGGACAUAGCCCCCUUUCGGUAUCAACUCAUCUGUAGCAGAGCAUAUUCGAUGACAUGUAUACACACCACCACCAUCACAGAUCCCAAGAUCUGGCUUCCCAUCGCGGAUCUAGAGUUAAGAAUAGAACCUCCGAAUCCAUUCGGUCAUCCCGUCUUCCCGAUCCAGUUUCUUGGGACGCAACUUCUGUGAGACCAAAAGGGAAAACAUCCAAUCGUUGAACGUGGUCGAGCAUGAGCAGUGAGUGUUUGACACACACG